AUGGAUAACCUUCUCGCUUUCAAAAGUACCAAUUCAUCAGAUCAACACUCCCAGAUCUGGACCUCGACAUCUUCGUCCCUCGAAGAAAACGCUUUCAAUUUCGAAGUCCUCGGACCAGCUUACACCCGUACCCUCAGAAUCGGACUUCUCACCGUAAUGAUCAUCACAUCUCUUUUCGGAAACGUGGCUGUCAUUUUCAGCAUCUGUUUGCCAGGCUGCCGAAAGUUACGGCGUAUCCAAGUUCUAUUUCUCAACCUUGCUGUUGCUGAUCUGCUCGUCUGUCUUUUCACCAUAACAUCCCAGCUUAUCUGGGAAUGUAUGGGACGAGAAUGGGUGGCAGGUACUGCGUUCUGUCCCAUCUUUAAGGUGCUUCAGACAUUCACCAUGGUGUGUUCCAACUACUUGAUUGUGUCGAUCGCGCUGGAUCGGUUCAUCGCCGUGGUUUACCCUUUAAGAAGGAGACCCAAUACCAAAAAUUAUCUUCUUGGUGCUUGGCUAAUGUCAUUUCUGCCAUCUCUCCCCAGUGCUUAUAUAUUUCAUUUGUAUAAUGAUCCAUCUGGGAGGACAUUCUGCGUGGCUAAAUUCUAUACUGACCACCUGUCUCUCAAUCACAGACGCCUAUACAUGGCUUUCAUACUCACAUCUGUAUUCAUGAUACCAAUCAGUAUUAUCAUUGUUGUCUAUACCAGGAUUGUCCACGUAGUGUGGACUCGACAAAAGCCAUUCUCCGAUAACUGGUCAUCAAUGGAAUCUGUGGCAUCCAGCUGCACGCCCAGCAAAGAAAACGGUGUUCAUUCCAAUUAUCCCAAAGCAAUGGUUAAAACAUUUUGGAUGACAGCUAUCGUGGUAAUAUCCUUCUUAGUCUGUGCACUGCCAUAUUUUGUUCUUGAGUUCUACAUCGCAUUUGGAGAUCCCAAAAACCUCAAUGAAGAUGUUGUGGCUUUACUGGGGAUCAUGUCUGCUGCCAACAGUUCCAUCAACCCUUUUGUGUACCUUAUCUCGAAUUCGCGAUGGUGCUCCAAGACCAAGACAACAAACGUCAAAUGUUCUUGCUUUUUGCCAAUACAUAUGAAGAAGGAUUCUGGAAAAGCUGUUAUGAGCACUAGUGUUUAA